GCAGACAAGAACAUUGCAGAAAACUCUAGGCAGAGAGGAAAUGAACUAGGGGGAACCCACGGCAGGGAGGAGGGAAAGAGGGCGGGCGUGGAAGGAGAGAACUGAAGUGCUGGGGCACCGUCAUGGUGAGAGGAUGGAAGAAGUGGCAGUGAAGCAGGGCCCCCUGUAUCUUCUGCAGCAGCAGACUUUUGGAAAGAAAUGGCGCCGGUUUGGGGCUAUGCUGUAUGGAGAGUCAGGCUGCGCCUUGGCCCGGUUGGAGCUCCAGGAGGGCCCUGAGAAGCCACGCCGGGGAGAGGCCGCCAGGAGGGUGAUCCGCCUCAGUGACUGCCUACGGGUGGCUGAGGCUGGCGGGGAGGCCAGCAGCCCCCGGGACACCAGCGCCUUCUUCCUGGAGACCAAGGAACGCCUGUACCUGCUGGCAGCCCCCGCUGCAGAGCGCAGUGACUGGAUGCAGGCCAUCUGCCUCUUGGCCUUCCCUGGCCAGAGGAAGGAGCUGCUGGGGCCGACGAGGAAGGGCAGCUGGCCCUGCAUGGAGGAGAAUGAACUGUACAGCAGCACGACUGCAGCGGCCCCCCGCAAGGAGUUCUCUGUGACAAUGAGACCCACAGAAGCCAGCGAGAGGUGCCGGCUCCGGGGAUCCUAUACCCUGCGGGCUGGAGAGAGUGCACUGGAGCUGUGGGGUGGCCCUGAGCUGGGCACCAAGUUGUAUGAGUGGCCUUACAGGUUCCUGAGGCGCUUUGGGCGGGACAAGGUAACCUUUUCCUUUGAGGCAGGCCGGCGUUGUGUCUCUGGAGAGGGCAAUUUUGAGUUUGAAACUCGGCAAGGCAAUGAGAUCUUCUUGGCUCUGGAAGAGGCCAUCUCUGCCCAGAAGAACAGUGCCCCUCCUGGGCCCCAAACCCAGCCAGCCACAGUCCCUGCGGUGCUGCCCCGGCCAGAAAGCCCCUACUCCCGGCCCCACGAUUCACUGCCAUCUCCGUCACCUACCACUCCAGUCCCCACCACCCGGCCGCGGGGCCCAGAGGGGGAAUAUGCGGUGCCCUUCGAUGCAGUAGCUCGUAACCUGGGGAAAAGCUUCAGGGGUAUCCUGGCGGUUCCUCCCCAGUCCCCAGUGGACCCUCUGUAUGACAGCAUUGAGGAGCAUCCGGCCCCACAGCCCGACCACAUAUACGAUGAGCCUGAGGGAGUGGCUGCCCUGUCCCUGUAUGACAGCCCACAGGAGCCCCAGGGUGAAGCCUGGAGGAGGCAGGCCUCAGCUCACAGGGACACCAGCAGCCUCCAGCACGUCUACCCAGCAGGGCAAGACUUUUCUGCGUCUGGCUGGCCACAGGGAACGGAGUAUGACAAUGUUGUACUUAAGAAAGGCGCUAAGUGACGGGGGGCAGGGGAGAUGUUGACCUUAUCGAAUGCCGGUGCUGAAGCUAUCUUGUGCUCGCUGGGGCACCAGUCAGAGGCCAGUGUGAAGGAGUGGGAGGACGACCACAGGCCUCCCUUCUAGUUUCUUCAGGUUACUUCUCCUGGCCACUGCACUCCAGGAACUUCCCUCUGCUCCUUCUGGAACACUUGCCUUGGCCUGCCCUAGUCUGGUCUGAGGAAUUGUCCCUCCCAGGGCCUGCUGUGUGAGUCAUCCUCCCAAAGCAGGAAGGGGGCCCUAAAAAGACACACCCUCCUCCUACCCCUUUUCCACUUCCUCUUCUGUCUUUCCUAAAGGAAGCUUGGGCAUUUAGGGCAGAGGACAAAAGGAUGUCAGCAAAUUGCCCUGGUUUCUUGCCUUAUACAGGCAUCUUCCCUGCUGACGUCCCCUUCAGGGGACCACCCCGGCUCCAGGCACUGGGACGAUGGCUGCAGCUUUAUGUGGGUUUUAGACUUCUCUGUGGCAUUAAACACAUCUGGAAUA